AUGAAACGUACUCUUAUUUUCGCCGCUGUCGCCGCCAUUUCAUCGGCUGCCGCCAUUUUUCCUGAUAAGUUCUUAGAGGAGAGACAGUGUCUUGUUAAUGGAUUACCGUGCCUUACAGCCUCCGGCGAAAAGCUUGGGACAUGUUGCACUGGCAGUGUUUGUACGGUUGUGCACUCCAUCAAAUCCCAGCUGCCUUUGAUCCUCUCGUCCGCACCACCACAACGUGAUGUGAUAGCUACUCGUGAGUUUUCUAUUCAAUCUGCUCUUGCUAAUUACCAUGUUGGAACAAGCAAGCGCGAGGCUUAUAUGUUCGCUUGA